UUUUGAGCGGGAAAGUUAAACAAUGAAUCUGAAAUCUAGGAGGUUUCUCGUGGGUGGAGACUACAGUAUCGAAGCACACUAUUGGCUAAACUGGCCGAAAGCCAGCUGCUUUCUGGCCAAUGAAAACAGUGUCACGUAUGCAUUGCAUCAAUACACAAAUCAAACAGGGUGGAGCUUUCCUUCUAAAAUUUGCAUACAAGCCGUAUAAAUAACCACUGUGCGUCAACGAAGAGUAUAGAGACGUUUCGUUCAUCUCAAAGAAUCAUGCCAGAGCCAGCCAAGACCGCCCCCAAGAAGGGCUCCAAGAAAGCUGUCACCAAGACCGCCGGUAAAGGAGGAAAGAAGCGCAAGAGGACUAGGAAGGAGAGCUAUGCUAUCUAUGUCUACAAGGUGUUGAAGCAGGUUCAUCCCGACACCGGGAUCUCCUCAAAGGCGAUGGGCAUCAUGAAUUCUUUCGUCAACGACAUCUUCGAGCGCAUCGCCGGUGAGGCGUCUCGUCUCGCUCACUACAACAAGCGCUCCACCAUCACUUCCAGAGAGAUCCAGACCGCCGUGCGUCUGCUGCUGCCCGGAGAGCUGGCCAAACACGCCGUGUCUGAGGGCACAAAGGCCGUCACCAAGUACACCAGCUCCAAGUAAAGCGUUGAAUCCUCACCUACCCCAAAGGCUCUUUUAAGAGCCACCCAUGUUCUCGUCAAAAGAGUCAUUUUGUUUUGUGUGUUCAGGAAUUCAGUAAACCUCACCAAGGAUUUUUAACGUGUGCUAAAUAUGUCAAUUUAUUGUUUUAGUUAGAAAAUUCUAAUAUUUUGCUUAAUGUAGAAACCCAGUUCAAAUUAUAAUUUUAUUUUUAUAUAUCGAGAAGUUAUUUUUACUCCGCUCUUCUACCAAACAGUUAACCAUGUUUUUACAAUUUUAAAUGUUACCUGGAAGUCAUUUGAAGAACAUUCUGGUGCACUUAAACACUUCUUGAUUUUAUUGGUGAAGAAAAAAAAAGCAUGUUAAAUGAGAAUCUGAAAGAAAUUAUGACAUCGAAAAAUAAAGAUGUAUAAGUAUUCAAAAGUACUUUAUUUUGAAUAUAUUAUUGGUCUUAUGCUAAAUUCUUUCAUGUUUUAAGCCCAAUACUUUAAAAUCGACAUAUCAACCAUCUGGUAGAGGCUGAUAUUUUAGAAAUUAAAGAAUGAGUAAAUAAAAAUGCAUUGUGUGUGUUAAUCACCAAAAUUAAGAGUUAUGAAAUGCAAUCCAAACAUUUUUUUACUAUGGUGGGGUACUACUUUAUUUUGUUAGUCUAAUCUAGGAAAGUUAUGCGAUGUUAGUUAGUAUAUUGAAAUGACCAGGCUUUCUGAGAACAAUGUAAUUAACUGAAUUGUAGUGUAAGUGAAUAACUUAUGAAACGCAAAAAAA